CCCACAGUGAGGGGAGUAAAAUGGCGGAUUAGGAUGGGAUGGGCCUCUUAUUGUGUUAUUAUUAGAAAACAUGUUUGGGAUUUUAACCCUGCGUUUCAGAGCUUACUGAAAUAAGGUUUAAACGAUUUAAAGACGCCGCGGCUGUGUGGAAGCGCGUGCUGAGCUCAUCCGGGAAGGUAACGCAUUUCUCCUCAGCUUGACUCUGAGCUAGCCUGUAAGCUACCGGGCUAACUGGAGCCUCGUCAGUCACUGGAGACAGGACUCGGGUGCUAACUCGGCUAGCUGUGGAGAGAUAAGUGUGAAUGUUAGUACUGUAUGGUGAGGUGGAGCGCAGUGCUGAGGUAAACGCGGGUCUGAGGGGAGAAGCGGGCGGAGUGAGGGCUAGCUAGGUGUGCUGUGAUGCUAAUCGGCUAAAGCUGAGGUAAAGUGAGCUCGCGAGCGGACAGUCCGGCAUUACCGCGUCAUUAAUCUGUGUUUAGGCUUUAGAUUCAUUACAGUAGACUUUUAUUUUUAAGUGUACAUGAAGACAGCGGUGACGUGUGUGUGUGUACACACACACACUGCAGGUCAGAGAGAGGAGGAGCUGUGAUUCAGGGACAGGAGAUCCUACAGGAGGAUGGAGUGUUCCUCAGGGAUGAGAUGAGAGAGAUGAUGGAGAGAUUACAGAGAGAGUGUGGUGAUAGUAGGACUGAUAAUUCUGUGAGAAUCGUCAAUAUUGGUACUUUGACUUCGAUACCAGCUCAAACGAUACUUUUUUUUCAAACUCGACUUUCCUAGAUGUCUUUUACAAAAAAGGGGAAUAUAUUACACAUUACUGUACAUGUUUUUAGUUUCACUGUUAUUUCAGUUUCUUGGCAGGGUUACACAGGUUUGUAUAAUAAUAAAACAAAAGCAUUGUGGAUUUAACUUUAAAUUUUGUGUUAAAUAUUUUUGUUUAUUUUGACUCAAUAAAUAAAAAUAAACAUGUAUAUGCUGCAUCUUUUGUAUUUUUAUUUCAGAAUUGUAAUAUAUUAUUAUAGCGUAUUUUCACUUUCUGACUUUAUUCCCUUUUUUUUUCUUUUAAGUACAGUCUUAACUAAAUUCUUGUUUUACAUUUCAGUCUUAGGCACGACCCAGCUCAAAUGGAGUGCAAGAAGAAGAGGAGGAGUUUACGGCUGAUAAAAGGACAAUAGGUCUGAGGUGUUACUACGGUAACGAAGCCUAAUUGGCCGGUAAUGUAGAAUGGGCAAAACAUCACAUUGACGUUCACUUCAUUUACACCAGCUGUCCCUUGAUCAAUGGAGAUAAAGUUGAUCUGUGUGUGUGUGUGUGGUGAUUGUACAGCCGGCUACUGAUUAUUCAACACUACGUUCCUUAUGUCUCAGCUGUGCUCUCAUCUCCGGCCCACUGAUCGUCUCUUUGAUGUGAAGGCUACAUCGGAGGUGAAAGUAACCAAGGCUUUCCUGCAGAAAGAAGGAGAGGGUAGGGCACGUGGUUUAUACACCGCUCCAUCGAACAGUGGCACAGAUGCCCAGGCCAUUUCCUCUUUGCACCUCUCAGAGGGCAGCUGAGACUGCUAAAAGCCCUCUUCCUUCUUCUCCCUCCACAUCUCCGUCAUCACCUUCAUCUCCUCCAUCUUCCGCCUCCUCCCCAUGCUCAACCUCUCCUGGAAGAACAGGAAUGGGAUAUCGCGAGGAUGAGGACAGCAGUCGUGCUGGGAGCAAUCGGGUUGGAAAAGCAAUAGGGGAUGGUGUGUCCUCGACCUCUUCAACUCUGGCUCCGUCGUUGCUCUCUGCACCUCCUUCGACUUCUUUACAUCGGCUUUCCUCAUCCCCCCCCAUUUAUGAUGAUGGGCAGAUGGAGGGCAUGGACACAGAGAUAUAUGACCCCUUUCAACCGACAGAGGGCGAGGGUGUACCAGGCAUGGAUGCCCAAGACGAAGGAGAUAAAUAUGACCCCUUUGAACCCACCGGCUCACCAGCGUCAGAGAAAGAGAUGGAUCAGGAGCAAGACGGAGAGGAAGAAAGUUUAAUCAACAGCAUGCAAAUAUCAUGUGAUGUAAAAAAUGCUAAAGAGGUGGAGCUGGACACAGUGCUUGAGGCUGAGGGUCCGCCCCCAGAUUCGACAGAGACGGAAGAUCAAAUGUUGGUGUCUGAGCACAUGCCCACACUGAAAAACAAGAUCAAACACACGAGACAGCGAGGAAAGGACAGAAGAGAAGAAGAUGAUUCAGAGCGCUCGGAAAUAGAAGAAGGAGAGAUUGUGGGUGUUGCUGAGAGCAGAAGGGAAAGAGAGAUUGAGAUAAGAAGGGAAGUGCUGCUUCCUUCCCCGGAGAGUCCUUCAUUCUUGCCAGCAGGAGGUCUCAAACCUGAGAGGAUCUUGCGAGUUCUGGAUGGCGAAGGAUUCGUAUCGGUUCGAGCAGAGGGUGAAUGGGACCACCAACCAGCACCCCCGAUUGGCAUGGGGGACCUGAGAAGGAAACUCACCAACAGGCGAAAACAGAGAUUCCGGUCUUGUCCUUCUUCAGCAUCCGUAUCGCCGCCUCCAUCAGUCCUUCCUAUACCGUCCCCUUCUCCACCUGCAUCCCAACCUCAGACCACGGAGAAGGUAAGGAGUCGCAGGUCUUCCAAAAGCUCCAAGGAGAGGGACCGGCGCAAGUUGAAAGGACAGGAAAAGGAGAAGCGAAAGAAGAGGAAAGAGGAAAAGGGGCAGUUGGGAAGAGCAAGUGGAGAGAACACAGAGAGAGAUCAUGAAAGAUGCAACAGAAGAGAAGGGAAAGAGAAGGAUAGAAGAAGGAGCAGCAGAAGUUAUAGCCGGACAAGGAAGAGCACGCAUCACAGCACUCCUGAGCCGGCUUCACAUUCUCAUAAUACCUCUCGGCAUGCACACAGCCACAGGUCCUGGUCCAGCCCCUCGGAAGGCCACCACAGAGGGAGGGAUCGUGACCGAGAUCGGGACAGAGACCGGGAAAGGGAUCGAUACCACGAAAGGAAAAGAGAUCCCCGGGAAAGAGAGAGAGAAAAAGACUCCAGAAUGAGAGAAGAAAGGAAGAGAGAUCGGGAAGAAGGAAGCAGAAGAUCAGGUAGCCGAGAAAGAGGGGAUGCAAAAAGAAGAAGAGAAAGCGGGGAAAGACGAGACAGGGAGAAAGAGAGAGGGCGGGAAAGGGAGCAAGAUAGGAGACGGAAUGGUCGUCCUGUUGUACCUCCGUCUAUUCAAGACCUGAACAGCUCUGAUCUUUUUGCAAUCAAACGUACCAUCACUGUUACCACUACACCCACCACUACAUUGAUCCCUACCUCUCCGUCCCAAACCCAGGAUCGGGCCCGGAGUCCUACACAAGGCUCGGACAAACCCCACAAGCGCAAGAGGAAACGGAGGAGACGCUCCGAGGGGGAGGAAGAGGAGCAGCAGCGCAGGAGCAGAUCUCGUCCAACCUCUCUAAGUCCUCUUAGAUACCAUGACUAUGAAUCGGACCGAAUCUCAGACCGGCUGUCAGAUCACCCCGACCCGGACAUGCUCUCUUUGGAUGGAGAGGCGCUGGACUCUGAUUACCCUUCACUUGAUGACUCACCUCUGCUCCCUCCUCCCCCCGAGCCUCCUCUGCCAAGCCCCAAACUCAAAUCCAUCACUCCCAAAAGUACCCGACACCAUCAGAAGAAGAAAUCCAGAUCCAGGAGCAAAAAACUGGGCCAGUCUGAGUCAUCUGCCUCCUCCUCCUCUCACAGACCCAAAGCAAGCAAAAGUAAAAGCCUUUUGCCCUCACUGUCUUCACCUCUUUCUGCAUCUUCUAGCAACACUACUUCUUUUCCUCUUACUGCUUCUUCAUCAUCUACCAAAAGAGGACGCAAGACUGGGAAAGAUAAACCAAGCAAAAAGGAAUCAGGUCGUUCAGGAAGAUCCAAGAAGCUUGGCGGAGGAAGCAGGAAGGGUAAACUACAGUCUAAAGUCUCAGUGCUAGUCAGGGAGGGAGUAAGCAGCACCACAGGAAACUCUGCUAAACUAGGUAUUGAUCUCCUAGGACCCAGUGGAACAACAGGACCCUCAGUCGUGGGAGGGUCUAUAGCUGUGGUUUUUCGACGGGACAACGAAAGCCGAUCUCCGUUCCUGAAGCCCUGCUCAGAACCGCUUUCAUUGACUGGCAGAGUCAAAGAUUUAAACAAGACUGGCAAGCAACGAAAUACUCUCUCAUCAAUGUCCUCAACAAACCCGACAGGACUCAAGUCAAAGAAAGCCAAGCCAAGCUCCACCACCUCGACAUCGUCAUCUGCAUCCUCACCCACAUCAUCUUCAGCAGCAAAACGUAGACGAAGGCCAGGAAAGAAGCCCCGGGAUAAAGGUUUAUUAGCUGAAGGUCCCAAUGCCAAAGGUGCCAAUGGCAGCGUUUUGGGAUCUGGUUGGACUGGAGCUUCAGAUAUUCAGCCUUUGGGUGGAAUCAGUUCUAAACCGUCAAGUCCGCCUUCCACACAUCCUGGACCCACACCUUCAUCCUCAUCCUCCUCCUCAUCCUCGUCCUCCUCAUCUACCAGUGUUCUUCCCCCAUCUUCUUCACCCCCUCACACACCACCUCUAUCUUUACCGCCCUCUCGAGACACUAGAGAAUCUUCUCCAGACUCCCAGACUGUAGACAGCAGUUGCAAGACCCCUGAACCUUCUUUCCUUUCAGAGGAGUGCCCUGCUCAGUCCCAGUCCACUGUACUUGUGCCUGCAAAGUCUCCUCCUAGCCCACCACCCUCACGAAGUGAUGGAAUUUCCCAGUCUGUCUCCAAACUCCUCCCAUUGGAUGACCAGAAGACAUCACCACCCUGCUCCACUUCAUCAGCAUUGGCUGCAGGUUCUCUUCCUCAUUCCAUUCCUCCUCUGGUUGCAGAGCCUUCUUCAUCCUCUUCAGCCUCUGUCUCUUCAUCAACAGUCAGUAAACCUCCGCCCCCUCCACCCCCACCCUCUGCUGUGCCCCCUUUGCCCUGGAGUCUGCAGACAGGCGUAGACUGCACUGCUGGAGGCGUACUAGCACUGACUGCUCUCCUGUUUAAGAUGGAGGAAGCCAACAUUGCCAGUCGAGCCAAAGCGCAGGAGUUCAUCCAGGCCACGAGCCAGAUUCUCUCUCAGGCGAACCAGAACCAGGCACAGUCGCAUUCUACAUCCUCCUCCUCCGCUUCACAAGUUCCUCCUCCUCCUCCUCCAUCACAUGCCCCACCCCCGGGUUCGACUCCUGCUCAGUUCAUUCUUCAUGGCUCCCUCCCGUUAGUUGGCUGCACCAAAACACCCCCUGCGCAUCUACACCCUGGGCUUUCACUGGGAGGUGGAUGUGCUCAGACUCCACCCCCUCCGCUGCCCACAGGGCUGCCUGGGACAGCAGGGGGGGCAAGUGAGACAGGAUGGGAUGUAGACAGUAAAGACCCUGACAAGUAUUUAAAGAAACUGCACACCCAGGAGAGGGCAGUAGAGGAAGUGAAGUUGGCCAUCAAGCCGUACUACCAGCGCAAAGACAUCAAUAAAGAAGAGUAUAAGGACAUCCUGAGGAAGGCUGUGCACAAGAUCUGUCACAGCAGGACGGGUGAGAUCAACCCAGUAAAGGUGAGUAACCUGGUCAAACUCUACGUGCAGAGGUACAAGUAUUUCAGGAAGCACGGACGCAAAAUGGACGACGAGGACAAGGAAGAGCGAGAUUCUGCCUCCCUGCACAGCGCUACGUGAUUGGACGCGGCGCCUUGUUCUGACGGACUUUUGGCGAGAUUUUGCGCUUCUCCUCCGCCGUGCUACAUGGCGUUUAUGUAAAGUCAUGAACUCCGCCUCCACACCAUGCCACGCCCCUUUCCUGUAUGUUUAAUCUAAAUGCGGGAUAAAAGACGAGGGAGAAACAAAGAACACUUUUUUUUUUUUUUUUUUUACUCUUUCAGAUUUGUCAUAAUUUAGGACACUACAUGGAUGUGCUUCGUCUCUCCCUCUGAAUGAAGAAUGUUAAAAUAAUCAGCAGAAAUAACCACAGGCUCCUCCCAUUUUGUGAUCAGAGGUAGAGGAGUGCAUGUUUGAACCUUGAUGACUUUAUUAUUAUUAUUACACAUUUAUUUUUAAAUUUAGGUCCUUCACGUGUCUGUCCAAAGUCAAGGAUGUGGAGAAAUCUGACUGUUUAUCCGACCGUGCUUCGACAUUAUCAGCUCAUCUCAGACGCAGCAGGUUCUCAGACUCGUGGCAGUGGCCGUGAUUCGCGCUUUCUCUCUGCACGGCACAUUCUGUGUCUCAAGUUGGACUUCAGGACAGAAGGAUGCGUGGACAAUAAACUCCGUAAUAAAUUAAGCUGUCAGUCUCGCUGCAGUGCCCGAGGAACUGCAGAGGAACCAUGUGUCUCAAAUAAAUCAUGUGUUACUAGAUCUUCACUGGCAAUAUUUAAACCAAAAGUCAGAGCAGCAUCUUUAAAAACAUAACAUCUAUAACCUGUAAAAGUCCAGAUAAAGGAUGGGUGAAGAAACAGGUUCCACAUUUCCUCCACUGUUAUAGAAAAGUGCAGCGAAUGUAGUUGAUGUUCAGUCAGCCUUUAAGUCCUGACGUUAGCUGGGUUUUUGUUUUACAGUACAUGUUUAUUCUACAGGAAUGUGUGUGAGGUGGAGAGGAGGAGCUGGAGGAGUGUGAGGAGGUCUCAAAUAAAUUAUUAAACCUUUAAUGAAAGGUGAA